AUGCUCAUUCAACCAUAUUCGAUUCUGGCGCCCGUCCCAAUAUCAACACUACCAUCGCUCCCGGUGCGACGCCUGGCACGCACGACAUGGCGCCCGUGUCGCAAGAGAUGGUUCGCUUCAGAGACGACUCAUCGUACACAUGAGACCCCCAUCCUGCCUUUUCGGUUCGAGACGGGCAUAGGCCUUUUUGCGAAGCGACCUCCUCGUCCUUUCCCGCCGCCUUUUCUGUCUCCUCCGUCUACAUCAUUCACGGAUCCUCUGAGUACACAUCACCAGAGCCGCGACCGUCGUGCCUUUGUUCACGGCCAACUAAUAAGAGGGAAGACGAACGGCGAUGAUGCUGUCUACGCAAGUGAUUAUUUCAUUUGUGCCAACGAUGGCGUGGGAGCGUGGGCUACGAGGCCGAGGGGACACGCUGGACUUUGGUCACGACUUGUUUCGCAUUUCUGGUCCUCCGCGAUCGAAGAAGAACUGGCUGAAAUAGAAAAAUCGAAAGAACCCAACCCUAUCGCUAGUCUACAGAGCGCAUACGAUCGGACUCUUGCUGCGACGACUGAGCAUGACUGUUUGGGCACGACAACAGUUUGCGGUGCACAACUACACUACAAGACUUGCACCGAGAACGAAGCACAGACGUCACCAGUCUUGUAUGUAACCAAUCUUGGCGACUGCCAGGUUAUGGUUCUCCGCCCCAGCACCGAGAAGAUCAUCUUCAAAACUGUGGAGCAAUGGCACUGGUUUGAUUGCCCACGACAGCUUGGCACAAACAGCCCUGACACGCCCAACGAUAAUGCAAUUGUGGACAAGAUCGAUUUGGAAGUUGGCGAUGUUGUGCUGGCAAUGACGGACGGUGUUAUCGAUAAUCUUUGGGAGCACGAGAUUGUUGCGAGCAUACUCAAAAGUAUUAAAGAGUGGGAAUCUGGAAGGCACCCAGAAGCUCACAGAGGUGACCUCACAGGUGGUCGUAAUGGUGGAAUGAGGGCAGCUGCCCAGGAUCUCAUUGAAGCAGCCAAGGAAAUCGCCCUAGAUCCCUUCGCUGAGAGUCCGUUUAUGGAACGUGCGAUCGAAGAAGGUUUGGCGAGCGAAGGCGGCAAACUCGACGAUAUCAGUGUUGUCGCUGCCCUAUGUGUGGAGAAUGGGGGUUAA